AUGACAACGACAAUGACUAAAACAGGGCCUGGGAUUCUGUCCGAACGGGCGAGUUAUAAGCCGGCGCCGAUGAUGAUGAUCCCAGGGAUAAAGGACUCAAGUCACCGGUUUGGGAUCGGCUCGGAAUCGCUCACCACCCAGCUGCAGCUCGGCCAGAACUCCGAACUGGCUAUUCCUCGACCCGUCGUCCUAAACGGAUCCUCUUCCUUAGGAGUCGUCCUUGCUGACAAUCGGGAUUCUGCGGCUGCUGAGCCGGGUACAAGAGAGGGGGAUGAGGGGCAGAGAAGUAGGUCUGCUGGCGAAGAGGGGGAUACUCUUGGGCGGAAAGGGAAAUCACAGCCCGAUUCGAAAUCCUCACUUGAGGAGGCUGGGGGAGAGCAAGAGGAGACCGGUUUGGCUGGGGAAGUGGAAUCAAAAGAAGGUCAUCAGGACAAGAAGCCUGCCGAUGGCCUAGCAGAACAGCCUCAACCUGCACUACCUUCCUUAGCCGACGUUCAAGAGCUUUUAGUAGCUCCUCAACUCCAAAGUCUUGUCGAACUUCCCCAGCCUGAUGACUCCCUUCCUGUUGCCCUUCCCUCCUGUCUCGCUAACUCUAACCCCGCCAGCCAGACCUACUUGCUCGUCUCCAAGAACAUCAACGAGGAUAGCAGCGGCAACAAUAAUAAUAAUCAGCACAAUGGUGAAGAUGUUGACGGCCAAAAAACCAAUGCUCCUAAUAAUUCUAAUCCCUCCGAUGAUAUUGUCGAUCCACUUUCUCCAGUCGAUGCUGCCUGGGGUUUAUGA